AUGGAGACCCAAAUAGAGCGAGCGGUAACAGAGAAAAGGCCCGUCCCCGAAAUCGACUUCACCCUGCAUACAAUGGAAGACGGAACUCAAGUUUCCACACAUGAGAGAGUUUGUAAAGAUGUGCAAGCGCCCGCUUUCCAACUUCCAACCAACGAGCAUUUCUGGUCGCCAGAAGACCCAUCGAAACCCAACCUGCGGUUUCUUAAGCAACAUUUCUAUCGCGAAGGUCGCCUCACUGAAGAGCAGGCGUUAUGGAUUAUACAGACAGGAACCCAAUUAUUGCGCGCGGAACCUAAUCUUUUGGAGAUGGAUGCGCCAAUUACUGUUUGUGGCGAUGUCCAUGGCCAGUACUACGACCUAAUGAAGCUGUUCGAAGUUGGAGGCGAUCCUGCGGAGACGAGAUACCUGUUCCUCGGUGAUUAUGUUGAUAGAGGUUAUUUCAGCAUCGAGUGUGUUUUAUACCUCUGGGCCUUGAAAAUAUGGUAUCCAAAUAGUUUAUGGUUGUUACGCGGCAAUCACGAGUGUCGUCAUCUUACAGACUAUUUCACUUUCAAACUAGAAUGUAAGCACAAGUACUCGGAGAGAGUCUACGAUGCGUGCACGGAAUCAUUCUGUUCGUUACCACUCGCGGCCAUUAUGAACAAACAGUUCCUUUGCAUUCAUGGUGGCCUUAGCCCCGAACUGCAUACAUUAGAGGACCUGAAAUCGAUCGACCGUUUUAGAGAGCCCCCGACUCAAGGACUCAUGUGCGAUAUCCUUUGGGCUGAUCCGUUGGAGGAAAUUUGUGCGCCAAACUAUCUCGACGUUUACAACAACAAAGCCGCCGUUUUGAAAUACGAGAACAACGUAAUGAACAUUAGACAGUUCAAUUGCACUCCCCAUCCUUACUGGUUACCUAAUUUCAUGGACGUUUUUACCUGGUCUCUCCCCUUUGUCGGUGAGAAGAUUACCGACAUGCUUAUCGCCAUUUUGAAUACUUGCUCCAAAGAAGAGCUGGAGGAAGAACCCUCUUCGUCUGUAUCUUCCGACCGCGCAUCGCCUCCCCUUCUAAUGGAUCCCGAGAGCACCGAAUUUAAGAGACGAGCGAUCAAAAACAAGAUUCUAGCUAUUGGUCGUCUCUCGCGGGUCUUCCAAGUGCUACGUGAGGAAGCAGAACGAGUCACAGAACUCAAAACUGCCUCAGGUGGCCGCCUUCCUGCAGGCACCCUCAUGCUUGGAGCAGAGGGUAUCAAGCAAGCAAUUCAUAACUUCGAAGAUGCACGCAAGGUUGAUUUGCAGAACGAGCGGCUUCCACCAACCCACGAGGAAGUGAUUAGGAGGAAUGAAGAGGAGCGGAAACAAGCCUUGGAACGUGCUGCCCAGGAGGCAGAGAAUGAUACUGGUCUGACUAAUAUUGCUAGAAGGAUCAGCAUGUCGUCUGGCACCGGUAGAGGCCGUCGCACCCGGCCUGAGUAA